GAGUUGCAUUGUAACUUCUUAUCUCGCAACAGUCGUGCGCCGUAACUUCUCGUGUUAAAGUCACUUCUCGUUGCGCGUCGAGGAUUCUCACCUCGUCAAGAUGACGGGCACCAACAACACACUCGGGAAAAAUGCCGAAAAUUGCGAGGGCACGUUGAACAGCACAGCGAAAGUACGAGCAAACGGAAAUUCAGAUGAACAUGAUUACGUGAAUCUGUUCCGGAAUACGUUCGACCGAAGCUUAUUCCCGAGUGACUUCGACGAGUGGACGGUGUGCCGGAGAUAUGCCUGGAUAAAUGACAAUCUCUCCAAAUUCUACCCGAACGUGCCAGAGUCCUUGCUGAACUUUAUUCCGGCUUUCUUUUGUCAAGAAGAUUGCGGUCGAUCUCCGGUGGAGAAACCCGAAUGGUUGGAUAUGAACAAGUACCGCAGAGGGCAAAAAUUCGUGCAGGAUAAUUUCACCGGAAUUACCAUGACCAUAAUAUUGUCGCUUUUACCUGCUUACACCUUCGAUGGUAAUCUGAGUCCGAUUAUCCUGAGUGACCGUACUCAUACGCCAUAUUUAGCGUUCAAAAGGUAUUUAUCGACCAUGUGCCGGAUGAUGAACUGGUUCACCGGAGAUCCUUGGACCAAGGGAACGCCUGCGUUCAAGGACAUGCAAGUUGUACGUAAAAUGCACAAGGUGAUGAGAGCCAAACUGUCGCGGCUUAAUAAUCACGAAGUCGACGACGCGUGCAAAUUCGAGAAUCCAUGGUGCCCGGAUCGCGAAUUGCUGCUGAAAGAUUUCGCCGAGGCAUGUCCGUUCGAGAAGAUCGGGCAACGUCCUUACAAGUCGUUCGUCGAUCUGCCAUUCAAGAGGAAGUACAUAAACAACGCCGAGAUGGCAAUGAUUCAAUGCUGCUUCGUAGGCUUCAUUUUACUUUAUCCGCAAGAAUUUGGAGUGCACGAUGCAACGGAUGAGGAUUUCGAGGCUUUCUGUCACAUCUGGAGAUGUUACGGGUAUUACCUCGGAAUGGAAGACGAAUAUAACUUCUGCCGUGGCAGCCUUGAGGAAAUAAAGCAACGCUUGCGGGAUUUCUAUCAAUAUUGGAUGAUACCUAAUUUGAAGGAAGUGACACCCGAGUGGGAACACAUGACCAGAUGCGUCGUCGAACCGUUCAAUUACUUUCCCAUGAUGUACAUGUCUUACAAGUCCGCGGUAUUACUCGUUACAGAUUUAUUUGACAUAAGCAUGCCGCGUUUGCACGCGUCUCUCAGCUAUGCAGACUGGAUCGCUUAUAAGAUUUGGAAAUUUGUGCUGCGUUACGCUUUGAAGCUGUCAAGCCUAAGAUUACUUUUUAACAAAGUGGUACUGAAUUCACUGAAUAAAAUGGUGAAUUGCAGCCCGGAAAAAGAAAUGCAAAUUCACGUGCUGUCUAAGAAGGAAACGCAGGAUUUUUCUAUCACAUUUUAAUAAUAAAGUAAUGAAAUUUUCUUUUAA